AUGGAUGACACGAAAAGGGGAAAGUUUUUUUUUUUCGAGAGUCAUAAAAAUAAAACCCCGCAGAUACGAGUGAAUAAAACAAACGGACAAACUUCGCACAAUGAGUUGGCCACUGUUGUAGAUGAGAAGUUUGUAAGGUAGGGGAAAAAUUGUGUACUUGUACGCGACGAUUAACCAAUACUAACGAAAAACGAUUCUGAGCGGAAUUCAGUUAUACAUAUUUAAAAGGCCGUUAUAUUUACGAUUUAAAAAAUAAUACAUUUCGUGAAUUAUCUAUACAUUUGAUUGUUUUUCCUACAUUUUUUCCCGUAAAAUUUCCUUUCAGAAAAAGUGUUGAAAAUCUUGAAAAUCAGAGCAAAAUUUCUGGUUGUUUACAGAAAAAUAUUAACGUCAUUGUAAAGCCAAUACAUUAAUCGCUCCGUUCAGAAUCUAGAACAUAACUCCAGGUUAAGUUUUUUCUUCGUAUUUUAUAAAUUUUAUUUGUAUUCCGUAUUAUAUUACAGCCACUGUUAUAGGUAAUUUAAUUAUACCUGUAAGUAACGAUAAACUAUUCCUAACGAAAAACAAUUUUGAGUGGAGUUCAAUUGAUAAUGAUGCAUUGUCCACAAUAUUUAUGUCAUAUAAUAGUAAAAUAAUUAAAUAGGCAUUCUAUAUUUUCUUUAAUAACAUUUGUUUAAUAUUGUACUCAUUUUUCCGUUUUUUUUUUAGGUUUUUCUCAUUUGCUGGGAAAACUUUUGGCAAAAUCGAAAAAUUACCUUCUUAAAUUACCUUUCCUGUAAGAUUUCUUUUUAGUAAAAUGACUGUAAUUGUAAAUCGAAGCCAAAUUGCUUGUAAAAAAGUUGUCCAUGGGAAAAAACAAGGCAGAAAUAUUUGUUUAAUUAAAUUUUACAUUUCGUACAUUUUCCCGUUUUUACUCUGUUUUUUCGGUUUUUCACAUUUGUUGAGAAAACUCAUAGGAAUAUCGAAAAAUGAUUUCCUUAAAGUACCUUCACCCCCCCCCCCCCCCAGUUUGAUUUCCUUUUAGAAAAGUCGCAACACUUAAAAAUUUUGGCAUUUCCGUAGGCCGUAUGUUAGUGUUUAAUUUAAUAUUGCGCGGAAUUCACAAUUUAAUUGCGUGUAUGCGUUUGUGUGUUAAUUGUUAUAGCGACGACCGUUCUUACAGAAAUAACACGGAUAUUAUUGCUGGUUUGAAAUAAUUCUAUCGGAAAUACCGUUGGAUAGUUAAAUACACAAACAAAUCAACUGUUGCAUCGUGGAUACGGUCGCCGGAAAAGUUAACGAGGGCCCGGCAACCGAGUAAACAACCUCAGUAUGCGAUCCGAACAAAUAGGUAAGAAUAAUAUUAAUUAAGAAUAUCAAAUUUAAAGUUCAAUAUACCUAAUAGUAUAGUUUUUGUUUUUGUUUUUUUUUUUUUAGCCUUUUGAUUCUCCUGCACAUUCGUGCGAGUCAUCGUCCUCGUAUAUCUUGCAAUACUAUGAUCAACAUGAUGUUCACCGUGGUUUCGUUAAUAGAGAGCAUGCUUUUCACGGCGAUCUUGAUGUUACUGGUACUGUGUUGGCUAAGCGAAGCAAAUACGAACAUCGCCGUCGGAGUGUGGAACGCAAUCGUUCCAUUAAGGUACGCGCGUAUAUCCGAAAAAACCGUUUUGUGUUGUUUUUUUGUCCGUUUUAAAAUGAGUAAUCGGUGUCUUACACCGGGCGAGUCUACGCCAAUGGAGAACCGCGCCUCGUCACCGUCGCUCGUCGGCGAAUAAAGCCGACGACCGCGGUCCGCCUUUGCCGUCACCCGCCGGCUGUUUUCCUAUGAGACAUAUACGUGAACAUUAUCGUUUCCCGUGCCCGCGGCCGAGCUGGAUUUUUAUUCGGGUUUUAAUAGCGCGGCGUAGGUACCUGCGGUUUUAUUCGCUGACGAACGGCGCGUGUAAAUUCGCCAAACGUUAUCCGGACGUUACUGCUAAAUGCAGAUGUAGCCGAUAUUGUACGGAUAUUUUGAUCUAUGUUAACUGUCUAGGUAUAAAAUAUACAUUUUUAGUCGGCAUCUAAUGACCGAUUCAUCAUCGCUCGACCCGAACCGCCGCCGGAUCUAGAAACUCGAAAUUCAGCACGGAAGUUUAUUAUAUUCCGUACAACGAUAAUAUAUAAGGCAACUUUAUACUAUACGUUAUGGAAACUACGAAGGAUUUUUAGAAAUUCGACCACCGAUAACCGGCGCUCGCACAUACGUUUUAUUCCUUAAAAUACGGAAAAUUCGAUUUUUCUUUUUUCUGUUUACUUCCGGAUUCUACUUUUUUUAUGCACGUGAGAAGAAAACCGUACUGUUUUCAUUUUGUCACACUUUUUUAAUUCGAGUGCCGUAAAAUAAUCGAAAUUUCGAUGAUCCGGCAAGAAACAAACGGUUAGUAAUGAUAUUAUCCCGAAAAAAUAUAUGUUAUAAAAUACAGAAAUUAAUAUUGUUUUUUUUGUCUAAUAUCCUUCUGUGUUACACGAGAGAACUAAUCAAAUUUAAUUUAUAAAUAUAUUAAUGAAAACUUCUACAUGUUUCUAAACGGAAAGUUCGAUCUCAAUUGUCCGGAGUUUACUUCGAGAAUACCUGCUCGAUUUGCGUCCUUACUAAUUAUAUAUAUGAUAAUAUUUUAAGUUUGUUAGAAAUUAUUGUAAUACAUAUUAGAUUUAUGAGUUUUUAAUUUAAUUACAGAAACGUUUAUCGAGUGAUAAUAAAGAACGAGUGCACCAUGGCCAAAAACGAGGAUCCGGAUGUCGAAGAACCCGAAUCAGCGGAUUCUUCCGAUAA